AUGGCGGACAGGAAGGUCGCCGUGGACAUGGCGUCGGGGACCCUUGCGGGGGCUGCUCAGCUGAUGGUGGGCCAUCCGUUCGACACCAUCAAGGUGAAGCUGCAGAGUGGGGGACACUUUAAGGGGUCCCUCGAUGCGACAGUGCAGACUCUGACAAAGGAAGGCAUCCGUGGAUUCUACAAGGGCAUGGGGGCUCCGCUGGUCACUGUGGCAGCAUUCAAUGCUGUCCUUUUCUCUUCAAAAGGGAUGAUGGCCAGCUUGUUAGCCCACAAGGACAGCAGCCCCCUCACUGCUUUCGACCAGGCUCUGUGCGGUGCAGGCGCAGGGGUGGCUGUCUCAUUUGUUGCCACCCCUACAGAGCUGCUCAAGUGCAGACUCCAGGUUACUCACUUGCCACAAAGCAUGUCCUCACAACUUGCAAAUAUUUGCUGA